AUGUCCAAAUUUACGUGGAAGGACUUGAUCCAACUCGGUUCACCCAGCAAAGCAUACGAGUCUCCCUUAGCAUGCAUCGCUCACAUUGAUAUGAAUGCGUUUUUUGCACAGGUUGAACAGAUGCGAUGUGGCCUAAGCAAAGACGAUCCGGUGGUUUGUGUCCAAUGGAACUCCAUAAUCGCGGUUUCUUAUGCAGCAAGAAAGUAUGGAAUAUCAAGGAUGGAUACAAUUCAGGAGGCCUUAAAGAAAUGUGACAAUCUUAUACCAAUCCACACAGCCGUUUUUAAGAAAGGUGAAGAUUUCUGGCAAUAUCAUGAUGGAUGUGGAUCUUGGGUACAAGAUCGUGCAAAGCAAAUACAUGUGGAAGACCAUAAAGUGUCACUGGAGCCGUACAGGAGAGAGAGUCGUAAAGCUUUGAAAAUUUUCAAAAACGCAUGUGAUUUGGUUGAAAGGGCAAGUAUCGAUGAAGUAUUCCUUGAUUUGGGCCGUGUCUGCCUCAAUAUGUUAAUGUUCAAUGAGGACUACGAGCUAAAGGGUGAAUUGAAACUAAAGGAUGCGCUAAGCACCAUUCGCGAGGUAUUUAUAGAGGGGAAUUAUGACAUAAAUUCUCAUUUACCUCCUAUACCUGAAAAGAUUAAGUCUUUGAACUUUGAAGGGGAUGUCUUCAAUCCACAGGGCAGAAAUGUCAUUACAGAUUGGGACGACGUGAUACUAGCACUAGGAUCUCAAGCAACUAAAGGCGUCAGGGAUACGAUAGAAAAUAUCCUCGGUUAUACCACUUCGUGUGGCCUGUCUAGGACUAAAAAUGUUUCUAAAUUAGCUUCUAAUUACAAAAAACCUGACGCUCAAACAAUUGUGAAGAACGACUGCGUAUUAGAUUUCUUAGACUGCGGGAAGUUCGAAAUCACAUCAUUCUGGACCCUAGGAGGUAUUCUUGGUAAAGAAUUAGUAGACAGAUUGAAUCUUCCAAACGAAAACAGCAUUAAACAUAUCAGGAAAACCUGGCCUGACAACCCCAGUCAACUUAAAACUUUUUUGGAUGAUAAAGUUAAAGAAUGUGAUUUUGAUCGUUCAACAAGCACUAUUGACCCCCUCAAAACAGCAGAUUUGGCCAAAAAGUUGUUCGAUCUAAGUAGAGGCCAGUUUAGUCUGGCCCUAAGUCCACGCCCUGUUGUGAAAAGUAUGAUGUCGAACAAAAAUCUCCGAGGGAAAUCGUGCAAUUCACUGCUGGAUUGUAUUUCCUGGCUUGAGGUGUUUUGCGCUGAACUUGCUUCGAGAAUUCAGGACCUGGAACAGGAGUAUAACAAGAUAGUACUACCAAGAACGGUGUCUCUCUCUUUAAAUUCCAAAACCUAUGAAGUAUAUCGAAAAUCAGGACCGAUCACCUACAAGAGCAUCAACUUUCAAAGUCACGAGCUUUUAAAAGUUGGCGUGAAAUUUGUUACUGAACUUGAUGCUAAAGGCAGAAAUAAAAGCUAUUACCCUUUAACGAAAAUGAGUGUGUCAAUUACUAAUUUUGAUAUUUUGGACUUACAAAAAACUGUUGUGGAUAUGUUUGGCGACCAGGUUCAUACUUUCAAAGGUUCUAUAGGUAAAGGGGAUGAGGAAAAAUAUCCUGGAUUAAAGGAUAACAGAGGAACGCCGAAGUUGGAAUGUUCGAAAUGCCAGAUAAAUUUUACGGACCAAAAAUCUUUUCAAGAACAUGGAGACUACCAUCUAGCAUCAAAACUAUCCGAAGGUCUGAAUGGUGCUGAAGAAACAUCCAAAAAUUUGUCCUUUGGAGAAAAGAGGUUAUUGUUUCCAAACAAAAGGUCAAGUCCACAGAGCUUUACCACACCCCGUAAGAAACAGACUGCACCUUCAAAAAACAUUUUGUCAUUCUUUGCAAGAAAAAAAUGA